CUAGACACUUCUAACCAAUAUAAAACAUAAUUCGAAGCGGCAAACUCUGCGGCAUUUGUGUUUGCGACUCAGAGAAGAAAAAACCAGCGGUGACCGUUUAUUAUGGACGGAAAAAGCUCCAGCAAUACCGCCGGCAAGCCUCUCCGAUGCAGAGCUGCUAUUGCUAGGAAAGCCGGGGAACCGCUGGUGAUAGAGGAGGUGAUAGUGGCACCACCAAAUCCUCGUGAAGUUCGAAUCAAAAUCAUAUGCACUUCUCUUUGUCAUAGUGAUAUUACCAUGUGGAAACUCAAGGAUCCUCCUGCUAUUUUCCCCAGAAUACUUGGUCAUGAAGCAGUGGGGGUGGUAGAGAGUGUGGGAGAAGGUGUACAUGAAGUUGUUGAAGGAGAUACUGUAAUCCCAACUUUUGUAUCCGAUUGUGGUGAAUGUAGGGAUUGCUUGUCCGAGAAAAGCAACCUCUGUACGAAAUUUCCUUUCAGUAUUUCUCCUUGGAUGAGAGAUGAGACAAGCAGGUUCACAGACAUCAAUGGAGAAACCUUAUACCACUUCGUGUAUGUUUCAAGUUUUACUGAGUACACAGUGGUUGACAUUGCUCAUGUAACUAAAAUUGAUCCAGCAAUCCCAGCAAAUAGAGCCUGCCUCUUAAGUUGUGGAGUUUCAACUGGGGUGGGGGCUGCAUGGAGAACAGCA